AUGAGUACCGUGCCGAAACGACCCAAUGUGAAGUUGGCCAAACUUUGGUACAAAUAUAGAUCGGAACCUCAAGAAGGACAGAAGAAAGAAGAGCCCGAACAUGAAAUUGUUCAAGAGAAAAAGGAUUAUGAAUCGUAUCCACCAUAUAACUUCUCCUGGUUCAUUGAUAAAAAAAUAGCGGCAAUGGGCUGUCCACAGACUGUCGAAAACCUCAACUAUCUUGUUGACGUCGGGGUCAAUCACCUCAUAACGCUGUCACCAGAGAGAAUCCCGCCAAUUUUGGAAUGCGAGAAAAAGUUGAAAUGGUCAGAGAUCAGGAUCAAGGAGUUCGGAGUGCCGACUUUAAAACAGAUUUUGAAGUUCAUUGAGAUAUGUGAGAGGGCAGAGAUGAGAGGAGAGGUUAUAGGAAUCCACUGCAGACAAGGGCGAGGAAGAACUGGCACCAUGUUAGCCUGCUACUUAGUGCACUUCCAAGAUAUGGCACCAGAGAGGGCAGUGCUCACCGUCAGGGUGAAAAGACCAGGUUCCUGCGAAACAUACGAACAAGAAAAAGCAGUUUGUCACUACCACGACUGUCUACGAGGCACAAUCGAGAAACCAGACUAUCGACUAGUCGAGGACAAAGUCUACUUCGACUUCUCCAUGAAGUACAUGUACACAGACGAAGAUUUCCGCAAAAAAGAAAAAAAACAGGAUGACGUCACAGAAAUCCAAGAUGGCGACCACAAAAUUGUCAAACUCGGCGACCCCAAGGAAGAGAAACACGUAAAAAUAAAAUUACCGAAGAAAAAAUCAAAUGCCAUGGUAAUCAAUCACAAGAUUUAUUUUUAA